CAGUGUCUUUCUGAACCUGAUAAAAUAAUACAGCAUGUGUUAGAUUAAUAGGUAACAUAUUAGGCUGCCUAUCAUCUUGAAGCAGUUACAGUCAAGGCCGCUAAAGAGGACGUAAUAGCUAUUACACAACCAGCGUCCGUCUACACUUUAGUUUCUGUUGACUUCAGCUGACAGGAACAAUGGCCCUUUUGGGGAAUUUGAACAGUAUUCUCUCCCAGACGACAUCCCGACAGAUUGAUCAGAGUGUGUCCACAGCAGAGAGUGGAGACUUGAUUGAGUUUGUGACCCCGUGGUCGGGAUUGUCUCUUUGGGGAGUUUAUGUUGGAGAAGGCCUUGUUGUCCAUUUUGGAGUGGGAGAUGAGAACAUGACACAGAAAGCAUGCCGCAGCUUCCUUCAACAAAUGGCUCCAAAGUCGAAAAGUGAUCAUGUUCUGAAGAAGACCAGGAUCAACGAGCAGCUCAUCACGGACAUCAAAGUGCCUCCAGGAACCCGCAUCAGGGUCAACAACGACGAGCACAAUCUGGUUCCAUCUCCACAGGAGACGAUGAGGCAUCGCUGGGAGACUUUUCUGCACCAGGAAUUCAAAUACGACCUGAUGAACUUCAACAGCGAGCAUUUCGCCACGUUCGUUCGAUAUGGCCACGCCGUGUGCAACCAGAUUCCCUUUAAGAAAAAAAACGAAGCCCAUGUGGACACAACUCAAACUCUGCAAAUGAUAAUUGAGCAACGGAUCGAGACACAAACAUGAGAUCUUCUGUGGUGUCCCUUGUGCACAUCUGUCGCACCAACUUUGUUAAUGAGAGAAAUAAAAAUCUUUCACUGCAAAAUUGUCCCGAGAAUGUUUCAUUUAACAUCUCAACACAUCACAUCUGUUCAAUGCAAAGAAAAAAAUAAAUCAUGGAACAAC